UCGCGAAUUGAAACAAAUUUGCUGACAUAAACGUAAAUAAUUUUCCGUAUCAAAUAACCGCCACCAUGAGCAAACGAAUAGAUGCAACCAUACACGGUGCCAUCGUGGCCGACCUGGAGGAAGAGCUGAAUCAGAUGCAACGCGACUAUUGCGAUCCGCUGUUGAAUAGUUACGAUCGCGGGCCGGGAGCCGAUUUGGACAAUCGUCAGCAACCGGGCGCACUAGCAGCGGCGGCAGCUGCAGCCUUAGCUGCCGAGUCGAACUCGGGCGGUGCCGGUAGCAGUGAAAUGAUUUCCGAGGGUGAAACUCCGGCCGUGCGUAUCCAUUUAAGAAACACCCAAGAUCUGACGGAGGAGGGACUAAUGGCACUUUGCCGCCCGUAUGGAACCGUCGUUAUGGUCCACAAGCCAAAGGAUAAUGCUAAUUAUGCGUUUGUGGAGUUCGCAAAGCAAAAUGAAGCGUGCCUCGCCAUUGAAAAGUUGAGUCGAAAGCUGGGUUUUCAGUUUUAUCCGGCCUUCGCACAUCUGAAACAAUCGCUGCCUUCGAGGGCCACUGAUAGCAUCCCGGCUCCACCUCCUCCAUUCGAGCCGGCUCCGGGGGAAAAGCUGGUGCAAUCGAUUGAAGCUUUUGGCGAUGGUGAAAACUGGGAAACUACCCUGGCACAGAGGCGAAUCAAAACAGGCUUUUCGAUUCCAUUGAAAAUUACCUAUCCAAAGAAAGCUUCCUUAGCGACGGCUAGUUUUUAUGCCGCUAAACCAGGCCAACUGUCUCGGUUGAAUUAUGUUGAUUUUGAUCAGAUUUUUAACAUCGUUACAUUGAUGGACAGUGAACAGCAAGGGUCAGAUGAAAAGCACGAAAAUGUUAAAAAGCAUAUUAAAAGUUUGGUCCAACGGGAAACAGUUAAACCAGUGACGUUAAUUGAAAACGGAAACAAUAAGAGUUUAACUUAUGACUUUAAAGGCCUAUCGGAAGAGCAACGACUUUUAUUUCCGGAAACUCGAUGUAUUGCUUGCGGACAGCGAGGAUACUUUAAAUGUAGUAUCUGUGAAGCUUCCUAUUGUUCGGCUCAUUGCCAACAAACUGACUACCCAACACAUCGCAACGUGUGCCAUUCUAAGGGCCUGGAAGUGUGUUCCCCCGCUUCAAUUAAACAGGACAAAGCUGCGUUUGAAGAACUCGAUAAUUUAACUCAGGAAAAAUUCCCCAAAGAUUCACAUAUAACGAUCCUAUCGGUUCUCAGCCCAGAGCGAGUCUUUAUUCGAUCAUUGGAAAAGGAAAGCAACAUCGGGUAUUUGCAAACGUUGAAUGAUAUCGCUAAGGCGGGUCUAAAUGCUGAAGUAGUUACCGAUCCACCUGAACCAGGCGACAUCUGUUUAGCCUUAUAUCAACCGCUAAAUAUCUAUGCUCGGGUUUUGAUUAUUCGCCUAAACAAACAGCUAGCACACUGCGUCUUCAUAGAGUACGGGCUGGUAAAAAUGAUUCCCUUCAAUGAGUUGAAACAACUCAAUAACGAACACCUGAAACUGCGUACAGUUCGCGUCCACAAAGUUCAUCUCAAAGGUAUCACCGAGGAGUACGGCCACAUUGAAAAUGCUAUGACAUAUCUCACUAGCCUUAUCAAUAAACCGUUGGAAAUGAAAUCACAACUCGAAGCCGGUAAUCUUGUCGAUGCACAACUACGUACCGUCGAAGGGAUCAGUGUCAACCAACGCGUUAAUGAGCUUAUAAUUAUCCCCAUAGUUAAAGUACUCGAAAGUGUAGACUCCUAUGUUAACUACAAAAAAGUUCCGCACAAACUGCUUCCCUUGAGCCCCCAGCUGGAUAUUAUAAUACUGAAUCGUACCACCAUCAAGCUGGACUUCCGCGUUACUGUAAUUGCGUACGAUGAUCUCGCCUAUCUUCAGGACCUGCAGCAAAAGUUGCAAUGCUACGGCAAAAAGGUCGAAAAGUUUAUCGAAUAUUAUACCCCGCGGCUGGACGAACUGUGCCUGGUGAGAAACAUGAACGCCUGGUACCGCGGUGUGCUGAUCGAAUCGGUUGGCGAUGGCCGUCCGUCGGUGUUCCUGUGCGACUUUGGUUGCUUGAUAAUGGCUAAACUGGAGGACAUCCGCAAGAUACCGCCCAGCCUCGCUACCGAAGUUCGAACGACCGACGCCAAAGUGUUUGGCCUGGAGGAGGCGGAAAAAGCUGGCCUGAAAAUUGAUUCGGAGUUUCUUGACAUCUACCUAGAGGAGAACGAACGGCUGACGGUGCAGGUUACCGAGGAGGUUGAGUUUCAGGAGUUUGCCACACUGCCGAAGGAGGACGUAACGAAGCUCGCGGUGAUCAAGGUACCGGAGUUGCUCGGUUUCAUCGAGGACCGUGCGUAUUGUGGUAAGUCUUUGAAUGAAUUCUCCUCUUCUGAAACACAGGCCGUGGCCACGGCUAAAAGUGGGGCUCGAAAGCAUUGAAACCGUAGGAUUAGUUUUAAACGUCUAUCAGAACCUCUAUGAUGUGAAUAAAGUUCUGUUACAGGACUAAUAUUAUUAAGAUGUAACAACUAUUUUUAUGAUGUGCUCGACGGUCGUUAUUGUGAUCUAUUUUCAAAAAUGUGAGCUGGAAAAAAAGCUCUAACGUUCAACGUUAUUUACUUGUGAAGUGCUGUAUAAGACUCAAAUUUAGUUGCCUGUGGUAGAUCCUUAACCCUCUCUGUCCCAGGGGUGUUUUGAAGGUUAACCGUUUUUGAUCAUGUAAAAAAGCUAUUAAUUAACAAUUCGUCAAACGCAACUAUACACCUUGUAAAACAAUGUUUUUACUACGUUAUAAAAUCAAAAUAUCCAUAUUUAAAUGCCUCAAAAAUUUUAUCGGUCGAUUUUAGUAUCGGAAGUCAUGGAGCACCUGUGCUACCAUGGGACAGAGAGGGUUAAAAAAUUACCUGAUUGUACAGUGUACCACAGGUUAUUCGUACUCAUAAUCUUCGCCGAAUUUUACUAUUAACUUUACAAGCAAAUUGCUUAUUUCGAUAUACCCAAUAAAAACAUUUAGCAGGAAAUCUUAAUCAAGUUUUUGAAACGACCAUAGUAAAAGAAGCUUCAGGAAAAAUUCAACUUUUCAGGUAGAUUUUGCGAAUUGCAACUCUUUUGCCUUGUCUAAAUAUACGUUAAAUAUUUAAUA